UUCUUGCAGCACUGUGCACUUUGUUGUAUUUUAUAUAUAACCUGUUUACUUUGUACGCUUUAAAAAUGUCUUUCUAGUCUGUGGUUGUUUGAUGUUUCAUGUUUGUGCUGAUUUGAAUUAUAUUUUUUGAUUAUUAAACCUUAAAAUGGCAGAUGUUUUGGACAUCGAAAAUUCCGAAGAAUUUGAGGUCGAUGAAGAUGGUGAACAGGGAAUUGCAAGGUUAAAGGAAAAAGCAAGAAAACGUAAGGGUCGUGGUUUUGGUUCAGAAACUGGCGGAGGUACUGAGAGGGGUAAUCGAGGAAGAUAUGACAGCUUAGCACCCGAAGGUGACGGCAAUACACCUGGUCCUCAGAGAUCUGUUGAGGGUUGGAUUCUAUUUGUGAGCAAUGUCCAUGAAGAAGCACAAGAGGAGGACAUUCAGAAUCAGUUCUCAGAAUUUGGAGACAUAAAGAAUAUACAUUUGAAUUUAGAUAGACGGACUGGGUUUCUCAAAGGAUAUGCUCUUGUUGAAUAUGAGACUUAUAAGCAAGCCGCUAGUGCCCGUGAAGCCCUUGAUGGUACAGAUAUCCUUGGCCAGACAAUUUCUGUUGACUGGUGCUUUGUAAAAGGACCUACAAAGGGGCAUAAAAAACGACGAUAGUAAUUUUAAACAUGCUUGAGCAAUUGAGUGGACUUACUAGAACAAAUAGAAGUUUUUCUAUUGCUAAAGAUAAAAAUAAAUUACAACUGUCUCAAGUUUAUUUUGUAAUGGUGGUUAUGUAUUGAUUUUAAGCUAAAGUAACAAUCUACACUUUCUGUUUCUUUUCUAGCGGUGUCACAUACCAUAUGCUAGACAAAGUAGUGGAAUUAAAUUCGAAUUUUAUUGUAAAUUUAAUGUUCUGUAAUAAAAAGUACAUCUUAUUUUCCACUAAUAAUUUCAGUAUUUCAUUAAGUCCUCAAAAAUGUGUUUAUGUAUUUAUCCAAUGAUCAACUAACAAGUGAAUGCUUUGUAGAACACUCUUGACAUAAAUAUCAGAAUAACAUAACAUUCACUUAGACAGUGCAGUAAUAUACAUAUGUAUUAAGAUCUUAUCUAA